AUGGCAUCUGAAUCACCAGCCCAAUCAUCAUCAGCAUCGCCGGCCUCCGGCAUCCCCAACCUCAAAGACAGAAUCCCCAAGCUCGAGCCUCGCAGGAAGAGACCGCCCCCCUCCAACCCGACGCCAGUUCCCCAGACGCCCGCCCUGCCGCCGCCGCCGGACCUGACGGACUGGACCUUCAAGGUUCCCAGCAGGCGCAUCCUGUCAAGGGCGGACCAUGACCUGUUCCUGGCCUCUCCGACUUACAACCUCAUCGCCGCAUGGGUGUUUGGCCUGUCAGAGUCCGUGGUCGACACGCCCAGAUCAGCCAUCAAGGAUGACACCCUGAGUGGCCCCGUCAAGGCAAUCCUGGCCAUACUCGACGAAGCAGAAACAUUCGUCUCUCAGUCUCCCCCAACCGAGCAAGGCGGCUCCCGCUUCGGCAACAAGGCCUUCAGGGGCUUCCUAGAUCUCGUCAAGGAAAAGAUCCCAGCAUGGCAUGAACGCCUCGGCCUCCGCAAUCCCGACGCCGUCGCCGAGGCAUCAACCUACCUCGCCCAGUCCUUCGGCAACCGGAACCGCAUCGACUAUGGGUCCGGCCACGAGCUCAACUUCAUGAUGUGGCUGCUCUGCCUCUACCAGCUCGGCAUCCUGCAGCGCUCCGACUUCCAGGCCCUGGUCCUGCGAGUCUUUGCUCGCUAUCUCAUCCUCAUGCGCGUCGUCCAGAUGGCCUACUACCUUGAGCCCGCCGGCUCCCACGGCGUCUGGGGCCUCGACGACUACCAGUUCCUGCCCUUCCUCUUCGGCGCAUCUCAGCUUCUGCACCACCCCUUCAUCACCCCUCGUGCCAUCCACCAGGAUCUGACAGUCGAAGAGUUUGGCGACGACUUCCUCUACCUCGGCCAAGUCAAGUUCGUCAACAGCACAAAGACCGUCAAGGGCCUGCGCUGGCACAGCCCCAUGCUGGACGACAUCUCCUCCUCCAAGUCGUGGUCCAAGAUCGACGGCGGCAUGCGCCGCAUGUUCGUCGCCGAGGUCCUGGGCAAGCUGCCCGUCAUGCAGCAUUUCCUUUUCGGCUCCCUCAUCCCCGCUGCCCAAGGCAUGAGCGAAGAGGACCCGUCCGCCGCCGGCGAGGACAGUGGUGAAGAUCACUCCAAUCAUAGCCACACGGGCAACGCUCACGACGGUACCGGCUGGGGCGACUGCUGCGGCAUCAAGGUGCCCAGUAGUCUUGCUGCUGCUCAGGAGAUGAGGAAAGGCCAUACAGAAUCCUUGCGUAGAAUCCCUUUUGACUAG